AUGUUAUUCCCCCCCCAGACACACUCCCAUCUCUGUCCUGACACCCUUUGGGUCCCACUGCUCUGCCUGCUGCUCCUCUGCGUCCCUGCAGCACACACAGCUAAAUGUCCACAGCAGUGUGUGUGUGACCAGAUCCAGCUCACUGUGACCUGCAUCAACAGGAACCUGACCCAAGUUCCUCCUAAUGCUGAUGAGAUCACAGUUAAGUUGGAUCUCCGAGGCAACGAUAUCCAGGAGCUUCCAACUGGGGCUUUCAAACACACGCCCUACCUCACUCACCUGUCGCUGCAGCGCUGUAACAUCCGCACGGUGAAGGAGGGGGCGUUCCGCGGCCUCGGUCGCUUGGUUUUCCUCAACCUGGCCAACAACAAUAUUGAGAUCCUCUACCAGGAGUCGUUUGAUGGUCUUUCAUCGCUGAAGCAGCUCAUGAUCGACCGGAACCGCGUGGAAGAGAUCCAGCCUGGAGCUUUCUCUCAGCUGGGAUUCCUCAACCUGCUCUCCCUUACGCACAAUCAGCUGGUGUACAUCCCCAACAUGGCCUUCCAGGGCUUGCAGAACAUCAAAUGGAUGCGUCUCAGUCACAACUCUCUGAACUACCUGGACACUGAGGCCUUCGCUGGUCUGUUCACUCUCACCCGUCUCAGUCUGGACCACAACGAGCUGCAGUUCUUUCCUACUGAGACCAUGACUAGACUUCCAGGGGUGACUCGUCUGGAUCUGAGCUAUAACCCUAUGACGUACCUCGGGGAAGAGGCAGUGUCCAUGGCCAAGCUCGCCCAAUUGUUCCUUGACCACAUGUCCCUGCAGGACAUGGCCAACACGGCUAUUUUGAAAUCGCCCAGCCUCACCCACCUGGACAUCAGCUUCAACCAGCUGCGUGUCCUCCAGCCAUUCUCUGAAGGUUCCCCGAAGCUGGCACGCCUCAACAUGGCUGGGAACCCCAUCUACUGCAACUGCUACCUGCGUCCGCUCAGGGAGUGGGCGAUCCGUGGCAAGGUGAAGUUGAUGGGCACAUGUGGGGGACCAGACCAUUUUGUUGGAGAAAACCUGGAAGCUGUCUACCCUUCAGAGCUGCGAUGCCAGAGUCAGGAAGCCAUGCUGAAGGCCGAGUUUGAGGAGGCCACCAGGAUCACACCCCCGCCCACUGAGGCGCCAGAGAACAAAGUCAAGUGUCCUGCCAACUGUGUCUGUGAGGCUGAGACGCACCAUUCUUCAUGUGAAAAUCGCAGUCACACCAAAGUUCCCCGGGGUUUCUCUCCCAACACGCGCCUCCUCGACCUGCGUGGCAACCACUUCCAUUACAUCCCUGGCAACAGUUUCCCCGGUGUCGCCCAGGUUGUGUCCCUGCACCUGCAGCGCUGCAAGAUCGUGGACGUGGAAAGCGGCGCUUUCAGUGGGAUGAAGGGACUGAUCUACUUGUACCUGUCAGAGAACGACCUCACUUCUAUCAGCCCUGAUGCCUUUAAAGGUCUCCCCCAACUGACUUACCUUCACCUGGAGAAAAACCGCUUCACCAGUUUCCCCAAAGGAGCCUUCAAACUGGUGCCUAGCCUGCUCGCACUUCACUUGGAGAACAACGCUGUCACCAAGCUGGAGGCUGGCAUCCUGACUGGUGCAGAGGGUCUCAGGGCUCUCUACCUCACUGGGAAUGCAAUCGAUCACAUCUCGCCCAGGGCUUUGGACCAGGCCAGCGACCUUGACACGCUCCACCUGGGAGGAAACAAGCUGCAGGAGGUACCCACUGAAGCUCUGAGCAAGUCGGGGAACCUCAGAGACCUGAGGCUGUCUGGGAAUACAAUCCGCUGGGUGGGUCCGAACACGUUUCGUCCUCUGGAGAGGUCACUGAAGGAGCUGUAUCUGGAUAACAUGGGGCUCGAGAAGAUGUCGCAGAACUCCCUGGCAGGCCUGGGUCCUGGGUUGAGAAGCCUCUUCCUGGAGGGAAACCAGCUGGAGGAGUUGCCUGACCUACACCCGCUCACGUCUUUGGAGGUCAUCAACCUGGCAGGCAAUCCUCUGAUGUGUGACUGCCCUCUGCUGCCACUACGCUUGUGGAUUGAGAAAGUAAACCUGAAGGUACGAGCCACCUGUAGCAACCCCCCUGAGCUGAGGGGUCGCAGGGUCAAAGAUGUCCAUAUCUUCAAAGCCUGCCCCGGUGGAGAGAGCCUACCCGCCAUGCCUACAGUCACCCUAAAGCCCGCUAAGGCACCCAAGACAACCAAACCCAAGCCAAUGCACCUCACUGGUGUCAGGCACGUCAAGAUGCUCAAAGCAAAACCCAAACUUCACAAGACUCCGAACACCAAGCAAGCAGCAGCCAAGAAAACCAAGAGCGUGGCUUGA